AUGAGUCUUCUCCCCAACAUCUCGCAAAGAUACUUUGAUGCGUUCUACCGGUCGUAUGCACCCUGGGAAUCCAAAGCCGCCAACACCAAGCCAAGCACCAGCAGCCGCCCUUUCUUCCGUGACAAUGACGACGAGUGGGUUCGCUGGUCUGACAUCAAGCCCUUGAUCCAAAAGCCUGCAACACCCGACCCCGAUCGCGAGGUUAUGAAGAAUCUGAUGGAUGUCGUGGAUGAGGAUGAUUGGGUCAUUGUCGCAAAGAAGGAUACGGAACUCUCGAUGUCUAUCUCAGAUUACAUUCUGGUCAGCAAGCAAGUUUUGUCUAAACUGCCUGAGCUCGUGGUUGGUGGGGGUAAAAGUGGUCAGAAGGAUCGUGAUGAAUGGAUUGAGCUUCUGAAGCGACAGGCUCAGAAUGAAAUUGAGGCUCGGAAGCCGAUGCCCGAGAAGAAGGGAGACUUGGAGUCCCGAAUCGGUUGUCGUGUUUAA